UUUAUGAUAUCUAUAUAGCUGUUAUAUCACACCAACUUUACAGCCACAUACUCAGACUCCGUUGAACCAUGUCCCCUAAACGCAUAAUGGAAUGCGCCACACAAUUUAUUUUUUCUUGCCAAGCAAGUAUGCAAAUGUGUAGCCAUUGGUGACGGGAUUCGAUAUAUUUGGGGUCUGCAUGGUCUUUUACGUACUAGGCAGCCUUUUUCUAUUACCCGUAAUUCGUAGGGAAAUCAUCUUAUCUGCGUAAUUCGUAGCUAGGCGACCAAAUUUAGCGUAAUUGCUUUCCUUGACUUAGCGUAAUACUUAGGGGGAACUUCUUCUGACUUUAGCGUAAAUCGUUGACCCCCAUGCAGACCCUUAAACGCGUUUUCAGCAGACAACGACCACAAUAACCAGUUUAGUGGGCACUAUAUAUUUUGAAAGGUCAGCAGACAAUGGAGAAAAAUUGCUGCCCAAGUAGCAUGGUUCAGUGACCAAGUAGGACAUGGUUACAUAAAUGCACCAAAGUGCAAAUGUCAGUUGUUUUGUCACACGUUAAGAACAGAAUGACUGAUUAAGGUCCCGAUUUCACGAUUUUAAUUUCAAAAUUUUCAUAUCAUCCCGGCCCUGUUAAUAAAAUCCACCAGGUCUUUAGACACACCUGUAGCUACUUUGGACCAGUCCUUACUCCACGCCUUCGGCAGUCUCCAGCUGCAGGUGUUGGGAGAUCUGAUCUUUUGACCAUCCGUAUUUUAUAUCAACCCGAUCUUACCGCAGUUGAUAUCAGCGAAGUCUAGUGGUGCGUACCUACACUCAUAUUCAGGUAUGCCAAUUACGGGAAAUAGAAAUGGGCUGCCUACCUACCUACCUACCUACCUAGUCCCUUGACCUCCAGGUCGUUUGGGGGACAAGGUAGACAUGAAGAUCGAGAGUUGCCUCCAGGUUCAUCUAUCCCUAGCCAGGGUUAUGCUCUCCUGUAGGUGCUGCCUACGCCUUACGUGAAAGACCAUGCAGACCCCCAACUAUAUUGAAUCCCGUCACCAAUGGCUAAACAUUUGCAUUCUUGCCUGGCGAGAAAAGAUAAAUUGAGGUAAUCAGGCGUACAACAUGAACUUUGACCCAUAUUAUGUAUCCCCACACCGAUAAUAUAUAAGACGGAAGGACAAAGCUCAAGCUGCCAGAAUCGUCGUCCCACUUUACGUGUAGAAACACAGAAACAUGUCAGUGUCCAAUAUAACCGCCGUCCCAGGUUCUGUGGAUGAUAUCACCAAACCGUGGGUUCUACAGAUCUUCAACAACAUUGACCCUGAUGUCACCAUCACUCAAGUCGACAUCACUGGACCAAUAGGAGAAGGGCUUGGAGCCAUGAGCGAUCUUGUUGCCUUGGUUACCACGGGGACCAAGAACGGUAAAGAAGAGCGGUACAGUCUGGUGGUGAAGCUGACAAGUUUCCGAUGGAUGAAGAUGGCGGAAUACUUGUCUGUGGAGGACUACAUCAUGUUUGAUACGGGGGAGGUCAAGUUCUACUCUGUGACCGUCACAGAUUUUCUAUCACUAUUUAGUAUUGAAAACCCGGAGUCCGAAGUUAAAACCAAGUCAGAAGGUUAUAACAAAUCUUGUAGAAAUGUCUUGCCGGUUCCCAAAUGUUACUUCACCGCGAGUGACCAGACCUCUAACAUGUCUGUCCGAGUUCUGGAGAAUCUAAAAACACGAGGAUUUUCAAUCAAGCCGUACCCGCAAACGUUAGAGGUUGCUGAGAUGAAGUUGACGGUAGGAGCUCUGGCCCGGAUCCACGGUCUUUCUCAUCGGCUGGAACUCCAGUUAGGAACCCGCCUACCCGACAGGUAUGACUGGUUCGUGGAAAUGUACACAACUGAAAAACAACCGUGGUACUCCAAGUACUACAAGGAGGGGUUGGAGACUUUCGCAGCAGCCUUUCCUGGUAAGGAGGGUCUGAUGGAGUGUCUGAGGAAGCUGGAUGGUGUAGCGAUUUUGAAAGAGGCAGUGGAGAACCCCGCCAGACUGAAGGUGCUGUGUCAUGCUGACUGCUGGAAUAACAACAUCAUGUUCAAGUACGAAGAUGGAAAAGCCGUAGACGUCAAGCUUGUGGAUUGGGGGAUGGUGUCCUACCGGCCGCCGACCUUUGACCUGGUUUACCUCUUCAUUUUUCAAACUUGGGACAUUUUGCAAAAUCACCGGGCCGACAUCUUGAAACAUUAUUACCAAGAACUACAGAAGACUUUGGGAGAAAACAAAGCCACUGGUCCACAGUUGUACACGCUGGAUCAGUUGGAGGCAGACUUCCGAGCUGACUUUAGGUUCGCCGUGUACCAACGCCUACGGCUGUCGUACGGAAUAGCUCUACUCCCCAGCCAACUAACAGACCUGCUGAGGAUCGUGCAGCAGUUGAAAGAGUGGGGAGUCAUCUGAAGAAGAUUGUUCUGCGCAUGUGCAUUCAAAGAAACAGUAUCAAACCCUGCAGAAUGAUUCAGAUUGUCAUAGCAAAUAUAAAAAAAACAAGGUCCUAAUAACAGCAACUUUCAAAUUUUGGGAAACCAACCUUGUACACAAAUUGAAACUUUCAAGUGUCUUAUUGCAUCUACAAUACUAGUACCUGUUUGCAACAUGAAAAUGUCUCCCUUAUAACUGGAUUAGGUUCGAUAUUUAUGUGUCUAGUAAUAUGGCUAAUGAUAUGGUUUACAUUUGGGAGUCUUUAAACAGGGGCUAUGUAGACCGUACAUUUAUGUAACUGUCAGUCAUGUCUUACACUACCAGAACAAGCCAGGCAACCAUGUUCAUUGACUAUGUAACAAUUCAUAAAUCAUCCGUCAUGACUUCAAUCUUUCCCAAGUAUAGAUCUGCUUGCUUUGAUCUAAAAGUUCAUCUCGAUGGCGUGCCUUACGAUGAGUUCGUUCAGCUGAUAAUGUUGGAAUUGUAACGUUACGUCGGACCCAAAGACAUCAAAAAGUGCUACAUUUUGAGGACGUAGACCUGUAUUCUUUUCUCUCGCAGAUUCUG